UAAUAUCUAGGCUGGGACGUAAAUAAAUGAACGGAUUACGCUCGAAGUUACACAAACUUAGUCUGAUAAAAGCGUCCGGCAGAUCUUUUCGUUGGUGCAUUGUUGUGUGUUUGCCACGCAUGCGUAGUGGUGUACGGAAAAUAUUGUAUUAGUGAAAAUGGCGAUUCUUUUAGCGCUGGCUUACAUUUACUUAGGAAUAGCCGGUUUAAUUGCAGCAGCCCCGACUUCAACUCCCGUUAGUCGAUGUACAAGUCCAACUGUAGAUAAUGGACUCGUCCAGUGUAGAAGCAAUAAACAAGAAUUAUUAUGCGUGAUCGUGUGCGAGAAAGGAUACGCGUUCGAGACGGGAGCGCGCGAGAUCCAAAAGUCCUGUGACAACACAACCGGAAUUUGGUCCCCCAGUGCGGGCUUCCCAGAUUGUGUCCCUGGGAUGUGUAUGGGCCGCCUCCUUACCCUGGUGAACGAUAGCGAUCUGAGCGCAUCCUCUCGAUUCCUGGGAUCUCGAACUCUGCAGACCGGACCGGACAGGGCGCGCCUGGACGCUCAGGUGGAGGCUUCCGGUUUGCACGUGUACGCAGGGGGCUGGAAGGCGAACUUAGACUCCCUCGACCAAUACGUUCAAGUUGAGUUCAACGCGACGAUGCGCGUGCGCGGAGUGGUAACGCAGGGCCGGGCGGUACUGGACGGCGACCCGGCGAACGAGUACGUCACUCAGUACCGACUGCUCUACAGUGAUGACGGCAAGGCGUGGCGGCCGUACAGCUCCCUCAAAGUCAGCGAUCAGUUUCUUUCCGGCAAUCAUGACCGCGACACUCCGUAUGUGAACAUGCUCGACUGCCCCUUCGACGCCCGCUUCGUUCGCAUCAACCCGCUGGCUUGGCACGAACACAUUGCGCUCAGGUUCGAUCUGCUGGGGUGCGAAUCCGACGGCUUCGCUCCUGCAUGUGUCACACCGACGACAAGGACCACGUUGUUGACAACUACUGUGACAUUAGACCCUAACAUCGUUAACAAGGACCCAACCACCACCAGUAUCCUCACCAGCACAACGGUACAGCGCCCUAAUAUGUGCACUGCCCUACCCCCGUCCUCACACGGCAUCAUGCACUGCGAACAGCAGACCGGCUCUCUAGUUUGCGUUGCGACAUGCGAUGAACACUACAAGUUCGAAAGCAACGACCUUGUGAUAAAGCGCGUGUGCAACCAGGCAACGGGCGUCUGGCUUGGAGGUCCAGGCAUCCCAAAGUGUAUUUACAACAGCGCCCCUACACCUCUUCCUCCGACCAACAACUAUACCAAUGGUUGCGUAACACUGAAAAAUGAAUGUCGUCAAGCCGGAAAUGGAGAUUUUCAAGCUUGUGGGGGCUGCCAUUUUUUUGCCUCGUGUUCGGAAGGUUAUUUAUAUAUACGCGCAUGCCCAGAACAACUACUGUUUGACGCGAUUUCUGGUGUGUGUGACUACCAUUCAAGAUCGUGUCCUAACCAUUAGAUAUCGAUUAUUCGACAAAGUCUGUGGACCUUAAUACAUACAAAAUAAAUUAUACAUGCAUCCUAAGUAGAUAUAUAAACAUUUACCAUUCGAAAAUGACUCGGCAUAUAUUUUACAAUUGGGUGUAUGGCAAUAGACAGAUUUUUUAUAAUUAGUUAUAAACACGCUAUAAAUGUGAAGAACAAUUCUGUAAAAUAUUCCAAGACUCAAAUAAUUAAACUAAUGAUUUUUAUCACGUUUGACAUAGUUAUGUACACGACUAUUAUGAAAACCAUAACAUUCGUAGUUAACUGCGUAUCGUUCAUCAGGAAAACAUAAACGUCCAUUAAAUCAGGAAUAAAACAAAAAUUGUAUAAUUGAUUGGCACACAUAACAUUACCGAAAGGAAUUCAAAACCACUUAGCAGAUAUAAACUCUAUUGUUAUUUAUGAAACACUGGUAUAAAUAUAAUUUCCAAGAAAGGGAUCAAGCUAACAUAUUCUGAUCAAUCAACAAGCUGAAGACACCACGUAGAAGACGUUUUAACUGCAUCAUAUGCUGCAUUUGUGUAGUAAUGAGUGUCAGUAUACUAACAAGUCUGUUAGUAUUAUGCCCAGUGGACUCUCCCAUCAUUCUAAAUUGGAUCAAUUUAUUUCCAAAAUUAGGGAUGUCUAGUAUACUUAUUUCUAUACUUAGAAUAUUUCUUACAAAAAUUCCGAUGAGCAAACAGCGUAAACCCGGAUGAGACACCGCAUCAUGCGGCGUCUCAUCUGGGUCUACGCUGUUUGCAAAGUCCUUUUUUUCAGGACGCUAGCCAUAAAUGGGUUAAUGUCACUUGCGUUAUAAAUUAUAACAGUGGGCAUUAAUGAGAACACAAAAUGCAGCCUACCAUAAUAACUCUUAAGUUUUUGGAUACUUUAAGUGUUCGGAUACCCUUUUUAGACGAAAAAUUACCGUAUUUUCGAUUACUCUAUUUGUUCGGUAUUAAUAUUUUUACCACAAUAAAUGAUUUUCAAACAUGUUA